CAUGUUUCUUUAUGUAUAAUAUCAUCAGGGUAUUUAAUUGGAGAAGAAAUUAUAAUUAAUAAGACAGGAACAUAUGAAUAUAGUUGUAUAGUUACAUCAUUGUUGGCUACUGUUAUUGUUAUAGAUACAAAUGAAUUUAUUCAUAAGUUUCCUGAAGAAUGCAGAUAGUAAUUGAUUGAAGAUUAGGGUCCUAAAACUUAAAAUAGAUAGAGAUUAUUAUAAUUAUUAUAGAAGAAGAGAGCU